AUGCACCAUGGCAUGGGAGGAUCGGCGGGCGAUCGUCACGGCGCUCAAAAUUCGGCGAUGCAGGCCAGGAAUGGGGUCUGCGACAAAAUCGAAAAUUACAUAUCCGAGUUAGGCCGAUGGGCGGUAUGGAGGGCGAUAAUAAUGGGCCAGUUCCUCUCGUUGGUGCUGUGCUUCAUGACAUUCAUAAAUCAUUACAUAAACACCGGUUCCUACAAGCUCUCGCUUCCAACAGGGCAGAAUGUUCCGCACUAUGUGAUGAUGUGUUUAGUCUACACAACGUGGAUGUCCUGUAGGGGUGUAGGGAAUGGCCUAAUUUCCGUCAUACGAGCUCGUGGCUGGAGAUAUUUGUUGUUAGCACUGAUCGACGUUGAGGCGUGCACUCUUAUUACAUCGUCGCAUCAAUAUACCAGCCUCGCUAGUAUACAGCUUCUUGACUGCGUGGCGAUACCGGUCGCUUUGGUACUCUCGUUUCUGGUAUUGGGCGUCAGAUAUAGAAUGGUGCACAUCGUCGGCGUGUCCGUCUGCUUGAUGGGCGUGGGAUGUCUGGUUUGGGCUGGUAUAGACGACAAUAACGAUCCCACUGCUACUGGGAAGAAUCAACUUGUCGGCGAUAUGCUUUGUCUCGGCGGCGCGGUGUUGUUCUCGAUAACGACGGUUCUUCAGGAAUUGGGCGUUAAAACGGUCGAUAUUAUCGAAUACCUCGGCAUGAUUGGUUUUUUCGGUACGAUAUUGAGUUGCAUGCAAACCGCCGUGCUCCAGAGGUUUCAAAUAGAAGCAUUUCAUUGGGACAACGUACCAGUAAUAACGAUCCUGGUUCUUUACUGCAUUACGCAAUUCAUGUUCUUCUCUUUGGUACCGGUAAUAUUGUUCGAAUCUGGCGCUACCGCCUUGCAACUAGCGCUGCUCACCUCAGACUCCUUCAAUAUAUUAGCUGGAAUGCUUAAUCAUCACUACAAGUUUCACGCAUUGUACUUCGUUUCGUACGCGCUCACGAUGACCGGCAUAUACAUUUACGCCAUAAAAAGAACACCAAUGUCGUCGAACUCACGGAGGCAACACAUUGAACCGCCGAUUCCGGAUUAUAGACACAUGUCCCAUCCUGAUGUUGGUGAAGUAGAGAUGGCUACGAGUUCCGGAAUGUCCGGCGUGAGUGGCACCCUUGACAUAAGGGCAUCCACUCUCGGCAGCGAGAGAGAGACAAUGGACGCGACAAGCCUACCACUUAGCGUCAGUUCCGACACAGCCUUCACCUCUUUCUACGGCAGUCAAGCAAAUCUAAAGGUAGCAUCACGAUCGAUGCCGCGUGUCUCGUCCAAUUCAUAUUUCGAUACGAGUACCGGUGUGCCCUGAUAUUUAUCGGGAAUGAACUUGACGCGAGCGAAGGGUUCGCGUGAUAUUCCGAGGCAGAUAGAAUCCACGCGAUUGAACAUUUUCUCGAAAUCUACUCAUUUUCAAUAAUGCAACUUCGUGUUGCAACAUGAGACUCGGUUUUAUGCUAAUUCUUUAAAAUUUGGUAGAUUCAUUUUAUAAAAAUUAUAUAAGCUUUUUGGAACAGAAAUCGCAUAAUGUAACUGAUUCAUA